AUGAAAGCGCUCAUUUACACGAAAUCCGGAGCGGUGGAUAUCGUGGACCGUCCGGAGCCGACUAUUCAGGCACCGACAGAUGCCAUCGUGCGCAUGUUGCACGCGUCCAUCUGUGGCACAGAUUUACAUAUUCUCAAGGGCGAUGUGCCCAGCAUCCAGCCCGGGGUUGUGCUAGGCCACGAGGGAGUUGGGGUUGUCGAAGCGCUCGGGGACUCGGUGAAGGGCCUGCAGGUUGGUGACCGUGUAGUGAUUUCCUGCAUGACCUGUUGCGGUGCGUGUCGAUUCUGUCAGCGCGGCAUGCCGUCUCACUGCGAGGAUGGUGGAUGGGUUUUGGGGAAUCGCCUCGAUGGCACCCAGGCCGAAUACGUUCGGGUCCCUCACGCGACGCUGUCCCUGCACCGUUUGCAUGAUUCGCUCGACUCGCGCGCCGCGGUGACUUUGUCAGAUGCGCUCCCGACUGGUCUCGAAUGCGGGGUCCUCAGUGCCAACGUUCAACCAGGAGCGUCGGUGGUGAUUGUGGGCGCCGGUCCCGUGGGGAUGGCAGCUCUACUCGCCGCGCGCCUGUACACCCCAUCUCUCAUUGUCAUGGUCGACUUGGACGACUCGCGUCUCGCAAUCGCACGUACCCUAGGUGCCAACCAUACAGUGAAUUCGUCCGCGCCGGAUGCCAAAGACCGACUUCUGUCUCUCACGCAGGGCCAGGGGUACGACUCGGUGAUUGAGGCCGUUGGCAUCCCCGCGACGUUCACUUUUUGCCAGGAGCUGGUGGCUAUCGGGGGAAGAAUCGCAAAUGUGGGAGUCCAUGGGACAAAGGUAGACUUGCAUUUGGAAAAGCUGUGGGAUCGGAAUAUCAGUAUCCACAUGUCGCUAUGUAAUGCCACCUCAACUCCGCGUCUGCUGCAACUGGCAGAGUCGGGUAUGCUGGAUCUCAGUGCGCUAGUGACGCACCACUUCCCUUUCCCCGAGGCGGCCACCGCAUACGACACCUUCAAAGCUGCAUCUGUCCAUGGGGCCCUGAAGGUUGCCCUUGACUUUAUUCAUGAUUGA